AUGAGACUCAUCACUCUCGCAACCGCAGUCCUCACCCUCGCCCUCGGUGCCACCGCGGUAGCUGGAGAUGAAAAUCCUGACACAGACCGUCCAGCAGAAGGCGGCGGCACAGCGACCAGCGGCCCCAAACUCGGCCCGCGAACCGACCCCAUGCCAACGGGCUGGAGCCAGAAAACCAUCAACAUAAUGGUGGGUGCCGUCCAGCGCACCGUCCUGGCCGAUGGCCCCGGCUCCGACACCUACAGUUGCGGACCGGUGCCCUACCCAAUCAUAAUCUCAUACCACGGCCGCGGUUCGAACCCAGGGCGCAUGCGCGGGCUCUCGCAAUUUCACGAUCAGAAGUAUUGCUCCAUAGUGUUAUAUCCCUCGGGAUUGAAUGGCCUCGGGCGGGACAGCACGGCGAUGAGCUAUGGGACGCUAAAAUCAUGCUGGCAAGGUGCGCCCUACUGCACACCCAAAGUGCCGGGAACAGGACCGCCGGAGACGAUCCGCGACGACGUGGCGUUCUUCGAUGCGCUGAUAAACUUGGUCAGGACGGAGUACGGGUCCUGGGCUGCGCUGGAUAGGGUCUACGUUUCCGGGAAGAGCAACGGUGCGGAAUUUGCGAAUUACCUCGCGUGCUAUCACGGUGACCAGAUCGCCGCUAUCGCACCUGUGUCCGGGCCCUUCUACUAUGCCAUGGCAGGCCUCGAUGCCGACCCUUCCUGCUCGCCAACGCAUCCCAUCCCCGUUAUAAACUUUCAUGGCGACGCUGAUAAAGCGGUGAAGUAUCAGGGCUCGGGAAGGUGGGAGUCCUGCCUCGGCAACCUGUGCGACCCCCCCGACCGAGUAGCUCGCAUCCCGAAUCUUCCAAAGUGGGCGGCCGCCUGGGGGGACCAUAACGGCUGCGAGUCGCAGGAACUCGACGUACCCGUCCCGGGAGCAGCUCAGCCAUCAUCGGGGCAGGAGACCUUCUUGUCCAAGUAUUACAACUGCAACGGGGACGUGGAGGUUUUGCAUUAUCACACUAAGAAUGGCUUGCACGAUUGGCCCUCCCUGAGCCCGAACGACGACAACACGCAGGAUGACCAGACGUUUGCUACCGUGCCAGCUGUUCUUGGGACUAUGAAUGCGACGGAGGUGAUUGUCCAAUUUUUUAAGAGGUUCACACUUCGCCCUUAGGGUUGUUUUUGUGGGGUGGUUGAGGGGGCUUUUGUUUGAGAGGCUGAAGGCCAGGAGGAGGGGCUGUUAUGGUAUCAUAACCUGUGCAGUGUGCACUCAUUAGAUCGUUGCGUUAUUACUAGUGUUAUUACCGGUAUGUGGCACAAAGGGAUCAUUGCGGUAGCUCCCAGGGCCGAGUGACCAACUAUGGG